GAAAGGAAAACCAAAAAUAGACUACUUUUUCCUUUUUCAGGUGUUGUAAACUAUUUAUUUUAAUGUAUUUUAUGUGAAUAUUUUAAACUUGAUAUGAUAAAACUUGAUAUAGAAGUUCCUCCUGGUUGUCACCCUCCUCCUCCCUGCCUCCCUCCCUCCUUCCCUCCCUCCCAGCCUAGGAUGUAUGGCAGGAAGCUGUGUUGUUUGCUUUGAAGUAUGUCGUCAGUCACUGAAGUGGAAACCUUCCAAGAUUUGGAUGCACACUUGAGAAACAAGACUGAUGUCUUACAGGUGUGUGUGACUCUGCGUGGUGGCUGGGGUGCAGAUACAGUGGAAGAAAUGGAGCAGCAGGCCAAGGAGCUGAAGACAAUGAAGCAGAGCAUUGCAGGUUACCGCAGCAGUCUCGCCUCUGCCCAUGAAGACUUGAUAACUGCUUAUGCCCUCCUGAAGGAGAUGCAGCAGCUCUCCCUACGCCUCAAGCACCUGAAGGAGUACCUGCCCCAGCACAUGCCUCAGGCUGCACUGCAACACAAGUCCCAUCCCAAGAAAUCUCCAAGUGAGGAGAAGGAGAAUAAAGACCAGGGUCCUGCUAUUACUGUUCAGCCAAAGCAAACCCCAAGACCUGCUGGACGGAAGGCCCCCAAACAGAUCUCCAAGGUAGAAUUCAUCACGAUGAAGGAGUUUGAGUCGGUUCCCAAAUACAUUCGGGGUCGCCUGCAGUACGCCCAGGUGAAUGCUGCUGUGGUGGAAAUAAACAAAACUCUGGAGACAAAAUACAGUCUGUUGUCACGACCUCGUGCCAAGCUGUCCGAGCUUAACAUGAAGAUUGUUGGAGAGUGUCAGCGACAGGAGAAUAAAGAGACCAAAGGGUUGCACUUUGUGGUGGAUGGUGACAUCAAGCGGUGGAGCUCACUGAAGAUGGACACAGCUGGGAAGUCUUUGCUCACCGUGUUACGAAUGCUAAAGAGGCUGAGAGAGGUGCGGGGACCUGGCAACCUGGUGCGUUAUGCUGUCCUCACCUGAAGAACAUGUUGAAGUCAGUGUGUGUGUGUGUGAUAAAUAGACUAAAGAAUCACU